AUUUGGCGGACCCUGCCAUCUUUCCUGCCGUGAUGAGUUUGUAGUUAUAUUGUAAAUAUCGUAAUAAAAAGUGUGAAUUGCUUCUCCAGAGCCGCGCAGUGACCCUUUAACCGCCCUCUGUCUGUGCGGAUUCACCUGCUCGCUUGUGGGGGCAAACACAGGUGGGUGCCAGGUAAACGCUGCGGUAUUUACAGAGUGGCAUUGAUUUACGCGCUCUGUUCAAUUUACUGAAAAAAAAAAUCCCACAAGCGGCAGAAUAUCCUGGAAACUGCGGGGCCGUGGGUCCAGCAAACAGUGAAGCCAGUGGGUUGGUCGCUGCGGAGUCACAUGGUGGCAGAGUGACACACCUGUGUGGAGCCGCGGGGGCCUCGCAGUUGCGCCAGAGGCAGGUGGAGCAGAAGGUGCACGCCGAGGCACGGCGCAGGUACGGUACAUGUGCGCGUCCGCGGAAGCCAUGAAUCGGGAAGACCAUUAUUACCCCUCUCAGGUUUUUAAAGACUCAUGUGCCUACCAGAGAUCACACGGGGAGGACUACAGCCACAGCCCGCCGCCCUGCCUCUACAUGAGCAGGCAGGUGCACUCCGUCUACACGCCGCCGUCCAUGGGAGCCCUGGAGCAGGCCAGCCUGACUGACAUUGGCCCCCCUUACGGUCUGCAAGUGCGGGAGGACCCGCCACAGCUCCACCAUCCUCAGGGGCUCCAGCAGCAGCCCCUCCAGCCCGCCGCGGGCUAUGGGGACACGGGGGAGCAGAGCAGAUACCACCUCCCGUUCCCCUGGAUGAAAACCACCAAAUCUCACUCACACACCUGGAAGGGACAGUGGGCAGGACCGUACGUGAUGGCCGAGACGGAGGAAAACAAGCGCACGAGGACCGCCUACACGCGCGCCCAGCUGCUGGAGCUCGAGAAGGAGUUCCUGUUCAACCGCUACAUCUCGAGGCCGCGGCGCGUGGAGCUGGCGCUGACCCUCAGCCUCACCGAGAGACACAUCAAGAUCUGGUUCCAGAACCGGCGCAUGAAGUGGAAGAAGGAGGAGGACCGGAGGAGGGUGAGGGGCGCCGACCCGGACCAGGACUCCUCCAUCACCUCUGGGGACCAGGGGGAGGCCGCCGGAGGGGUCUCCUCCACGAACGGACCCCAGGCCGCCUCGCCGCCUGUCUCCCCGCUGCACGGCCACUCCCUGUCCGCUCCUCGGUCCCGGGAGCCCGCAUAGACCCGCAAGAGGUCAAGACCGGGACUCUGAGAGGAUUUGUGGCAAUCCGAUGAGAUUCAGAUUCGUUUCUCCAUCCAACUUUAACAUCCAUGCCCCCUGAAGCUUUCUGGGCACCAGAUGGCAUCCUGAGACAAACAAAAGUACCGUGCAGGGACCACCUUCUGAUCCUGCCUUCACAGGGGCAGCAACAUGGAUUCAGCUGCAUUGGUGGUCUAAAAAUCAACUUUUACCUAACAUUAUUUUUCACCUCCAACAUGUAAGUAGUUAUGCAAUCACGUUUCUGUGUAUGUAUAUAUGCGUAAUGCGACUGUAUGUGUCCACUUGUACAUAAGUCUAUAGGCUAAAUAGUGUAAAAUGUCAAAUCAGAAUCAGUGAUACACAUAUUUUAUUGUUUGAAAGAUGCAUUGUACAGUAUGAUGGAUGAUGAAAAACACAUAAUUGAAUCUGGAAUAAAGCAAAUAUCACAUG